AUGGCAGGCACGCCGAGGCAGCUCCGGUUGGGCGUCUCUUCAGUGCCAGGCUGCCAAGUGGGCGUGUUCGCCUGCGACCUCAUUCCGAAGGACACGCAGAUGGGACCGUACCCGGGAGCCCGAAAGCCGGCGGUAGCCUUGUGCAGGGACCCGUCGCUCGUUUGGGAGGCCAUCGACGGCGGCCGCGUGUGCUUCCUCGUGGAUGGCGCUGAUACGAUGAUGCCAUCUUGGAUGACGUACGUGCAGUGCGCCCGCCACGAACAGGAGCAGAAUUUAGACAUGCUGCUCCUGCCCGAAGGCAGCUUGUACUACAGGGUCACGAAGGACCAUUAG